GUGCCGUGCAGUCGUGAAGAUGUGAUGGUGUAAUCUCGAGCACAUCUCGCGGUGGCUUCACGAAAGGCAGAGUGAUUAAAGUGUAAUUAGCAUUGUCGUGUCACUCGAGAAGUUCAAAAUUAAUUAUUUACCAUCGAGUUAAUUGAAUUAAUCAUUUAUCUGCCGCCGUGGCUGGAAUAAAAGGCAAACUUCGACACAGUGAUUCUGUGACUGAGCGUGUGUCAAGAUGGGACGGAGUUUAGUGCUGAUGCUCUGCUGUGUGGCGCUGACUUGUGCCGCUGAUCUCAAUGGUUGGACGCUGUACCAAAUCUAUCCGCGCUCCUUCAUGGACAGCGACGGCGACGGUGUUGGCGACUUGAGAGGAAUCACGAGCAAAUUAUCGUAUCUCCGCGACACUGGCAUCAACGCCACCUGGCUCAGUCCCAUCUUCCAGUCGCCCAUGGUGGACUUCGGCUAUGACAUCUCCGACUUCAUGGCCAUUCAGCCCGAGUACGGCACCAUGGAGGACUUCGAGGAGCUGUUGCGCGAGGCCAAGAGCCUCGGCAUCAAAGUCCUGCUGGACUUUGUGCCAAAUCACACCAGUGACAAUCACGAGUGGUUUAUAAAUUCCGUGAACCGCGUUGUGGGCUUUGAGGAUUACUAUGUGUGGCACGAUGGAAUUGUGGAUGGCGAUGGUGAGCCGCAGCCGCCAAAUAAUUGGGUUUCUGUGUUCUAUGGCUCGGCGUGGACGUGGAAUGAGUUCCGACGUCAGUUCUAUCUGCAUCAGUUCACGCGAGAGCAGCCCGACUUGAAUUUCCGCAAUCCACAAGUUGUGGCCGAGAUGGACCGCAUUCUGGAGUUCUGGCUGCAAAAGGGCGUCGAUGGUUUCCGCAUUGACGCCGUCAACCACCUCUUUGAAGUGGAGGACUUCAGAGACGAGCCACCCACUGGUGUGGAGUCCGAUUCCAAAUCAUACGCAUUCACUCAUCACCACCACACAAAAGACUUGCCCGAGAGCUAUGAGCUCAUUUAUCACUGGCGUGAGCUGCUGGAUGACUUCAAAGUGAAGAAUGGCGGCGAUGACAGACUCAUACUGACCGAGGCUUAUGCCAAUAUAUCAUUCACAAUGAAGUGGUACGGAUCGAGCGAUGGGAGACAGCGUGGAGCGCACAUUCCAUUCAACUUCCUCCUAAUAACCGAUCUGAACGGCAACUCGACGGCCAGAGAUUUCGUCUACGCCAUAUCCAAGUGGAUGAUUUACAAGCCUCUCGGUGCGACGCCCAAUUGGGUGCUGGGGAAUCACGAUCAGCCGAGAGUCGCCAGUAGAUUUGGGCGGGAGCGUGUGGAUGCCAUGAACACCUUGCUGCUCACCCUCCCGGGCGUCAGUGUGACGUACAAUGGCGAGGAGAUUGGCAUGGAGGACCACAGGGGGAUUUCCUGGGAGGACUCUCGAGAUCCAGCUGCUUGCAACGUCAACUCUUCGCUCUACAUGGCGUUCACACGUGACCCCGAGAGGACGCCCUUCCAGUGGAGCGACGCGCAGAGUGGUGGCUUCUCCUCCAGCGCCAGCACGUGGCUGCCCGUCCACCUCAACUAUCCCACGGUGAAUUUGGAGCGCCAGCGACGGAGCGAGAGAAGUCACUACGCUGUCUUCAGGGCUCUCACGGAUUUGCGACGCCACCCCGCGAUGAUUUACGGUGACUUCACUCCGGUGGCAGUGAACGACAAUGUCCUGGUGUACACGCGAGCGCUAAAUGACCAUCAGUUAUUUGUUGUCGCCAUAAAUUUAUCGGAUCAGGAAGAGACGGUAAAUCUUGCGAGCAUUUUCCAGCGGCUGCCUGAGAAAUUGCGCAUUGUUGUGGCCGCCUCGCACUCCCACUAUCGAUCCGGUGACAUUUUUUCAUCGCAUUAUGCAAAUCUUCGACCCUCGGACAGCUUCGUUGCAGCGCCAAUGGAGACAAGGAGCGACGCUCAAGGAGCUGUUGGCAUCGCGCACUGGCUCAAGGAGACUCUCCAAGUGGUUGUGGUGUUGAUGGUAAUCGCCGUGUUCAAUCGCCAUCUGAAUUCGCACUACUCGCCAAAGUGAGCCUUUGACUCAUCAUCAUCUGUUAUGUAAGGCAUUCCAACAUUUGCUAGACAAGAUAAAAUGCCAUUGAUUGGCCUCUCUAUGGACACUUGUAAUUUACUGCCGUUCCCAAAAUACAAUCCCAAUCACAAUGAUAAGAGGACUAUUGAAGCCUCUUCUCAC